AAGAUUGAUGAGAAGACAGAGGACGAAAUAUCAUUCAGAUCUGGCGGUCGAGGCUAUCCCAGAUACACAGGCUGGAGGAAUAUUGACAAUGUAGCGUGGUGCAUCACUGUUGGCGAUGGUAUCCAUAACUUUGUCGACGGAAUUGCUACCGCUGUGGCUAUAUUCUUGCACGAAUUGCCUCAAGAAUUUGGAGACUUUAGCAUCUAUUUGGCAUCUGGAACGGGUGUGAAGCGUGCACUUGCGUUGAAUAUGGGAACCGGAUUGACAGCGUUGCUGGGUGUAUUUUUGGGUAUUGAGGCAGGCGAAGCUUGGACACCGUGGGUAUUGGCGUUCACAGCAGGAAUGUUCAUUUACAUUGCGUUAGUUAGCAUGUAUCCUCAACUGAAGGGACCGCUGCGGGAAGAGAAGGCGCCCAACCUAUCAAAUCUUGUACAGGGGUGCUCAAUGGUAUUCGGUUGGAGCAUCAUGGUUCUAAUUGGCUUCACGGAAUCACAUUAA